UUAAUUAUUAUCUGUCAUUUGAUGCAAUAUUUUGUAAAACCACGUAAUGUUUAUAAGAUAAAUUAAAAUAAUUUAUUAUUUCGAUAAAAUUAAAACCUAAAAUAAUAAAUGGUGUAGUUUAGUAAUAAAAUGGUGUACGUACAAGGUGGUAGAGUCGCUGAAGGAAGACCAUGGAGUUUAAGGAGAAUCCCCGAAUUUUUUUGGGGUAUAAUCGCAUUUGUGAUUUUCUUCUUUAAAACUUUAUUUGGUUUUGAUACUUCUGCGUCAUCAUCAAAUGGUUCGCGUGGUGGUUCAAGAGGGGGAGGAGGCCCCGAUUAUCCCGGUGGAGGGAGAGGUCCUAGAGGACCUCGUACGAUAGGGCGCAUAACCACAAUCCAAGAUUGUUCCAUGCCUGGAGGUGGAUGAGCACGCUAAACCUCUUAGGUUUAACAACCUAAGAGAAUUUUUUUGUUUGAUAUAAAUUUUAAUUAAUUUGAUUUAAUUGAAAUUUAUGUUGAACAAACAUGGUCCUAAUCUAUGAUUAUUUACCUCAAAUGAAUGACGUUUUUCUCAUAAACCUGGCAAACAGGAGGGGAUUAACUGAGGUUGAGUGUUUAUUUAAUCAUGAUUAGGAUUUUUACUUAAUUUUAUGUAAGGUUGAAGGUUUUGUUUUGUAUAAUUUAAAAUUUGAAUUCUAAUUACAUUUAUUGCUUGCAUAUACUUGAUACAUUAAAUACAAAUAAAUACUACUUCAAGGUA